CUACGCGCUGCAGGAACGCCGCCCAGCAAGCAGCAGCCCGGUCCUCUCACACGGGAAUAAUCCGAUCCACUGAGACAUUCAGGCAACUGGAUACUAACUGAAGCAGAGAUUGAUCGAUUUACGCGGCGUGACAACAUGGACUUGUGACACCGACGACUCGGACGUUUCAGCCGUGGAUUACAAGCCAUGCGGCUGUAAAAAGAGGCUGUCGGCAAAACACUGCCAUUCAUUGCUGUGUCUGGGAAUCUUGAGGAGCGGCGCUCGCACAAAAUCCACCAGCUACUGUAGUCUUGCAGUCCAACCCAGACAGCUGAAGUGUCAGAAUGACCGGGGCUGCCAUGACCUGGAUCCCUGUCCUCUCCCUCUCCCUCUCCCUCCUACUGUUGUGCGUCAGGGACUCAGCUUCCCUCUUCCUGCCCGACUCCAAGGAGCUCAGGCAGCUACUGAGCCACUACGAGGAAGAAGCAGACCGGAAUGGCACCAGCAACACAGCCGGCAAUAGGACCCGACGAGCCAUCCGCUGGUCGGACCGUGAGGAGAUCCUCCAGCUGCACAACAAGCUGAGGGGCGGCGUCUACCCCACUGCCUCAAACAUGGAGUAUAUGGUUUGGGAUGAUGAGUUGGAGCGGUCUGCCAUUCAUUGGGCAGAAGAGUGUCAGUGGGACCAUGGACCUCAGGACUUGAUAAUGUCUAUUGGACAAAACCUGGCUGUUCACUGGGGCAGAUACCGCUCUCCUGCCUUCCACGUCCAGACCUGGUACGAUGAGGUGAAAGACUACACCUAUCCCUACCCCCACGAGUGCAAUCCCUGGUGUCCAGAACGCUGCUCCGGGACCAUGUGCACUCAUUACACCCAGCUGGUCUGGGCAACCACCAGUCGAGUGGGCUGUGCUGUGCACGUGUGUCCAAGGAUGAACGUGUGGGGAGAAAUAUGGGAGAACGCCGUUUACCUUGUGUGCAACUAUUCUCCAAAGGGCAACUGGAUUGGAGAGGCCCCAUACCAGCAUGGCCGCCCUUGUUCCCAUUGCCCUCCCAGCUAUGGAGGAGGAUGUAGGAAUAACCUGUGCUACAAAGACUCUCAGCGCUCAGAGACAGAGGACAUGAACGAGGUGGAGAAGCCUCAGGUUCCACUGCCACCUCGUACCACUGUUAAACCUGUCCCCAAACCUAAACCGUCUGCUCCGAAGAAACCAGUGUCCAAGCCCUUCACACCAAGGAUGCCAUCUUCAAAGACCCCCUACUUAGCUCAAAACAUUAAGUGUGAGACUAGAUUACGAGAUAAAUGCAAAGGAGCAACCUGCAACAGAUAUAAUUGUCCGGCUAACUGCAUGAAUAAGAAAGGGAAAGUCUGGGGAACUCUCUUUUACGAUGUGCAAUCAAGUAUUUGCCGAGCUGCGAUUCAUUUUGGCGCGAUUGACAACAACGGAGGACUGGUCGACGUCACAAGAAUGGACAAGUUGCCAUUCUUUGUCAGAGCCACGAAGAAUGGCAUUGAGUCUCUCAGUAAAUAUAAAGCUGGCAAUGCCUUUGUGAUGGCUAAAGUGGAAGAAAUGACUGCUGACUGCUACACCACAGUGGGGGAAAUCUGCCCUUUCAAAAAGCCCUAUUCACACUGCCCAAGAAUCUUCUGUCCAGCCAACUGCAAGACUCAGCCUUCUUAUUGGUCACCUGUUAUUGGAAACAGCAUCUACGCAGAUAGCUCCAGUAUUUGUAAGGCAGCCAUCCAUGCAGGGGUAAUCAAAGCAGACGGCGGUUUUGUGGAUGUUCUUCCCCUGGACAAGAGAAAGAGUUAUGUUGGAGUCCUGAAAAAUGGCAUCCACUCUGAAAGCAAGAGCAACAUAGAGGGGAACUCCUUCCGAGUCUUCGCUGUGAGGGAGUGAGACUUCAGUUCAGAAGUCCAAAGACCAACAGAGUCACCUCAGCUGCUCUUGAAGAGCAGGAAGUGCCCACAGGUUGGAUACCAAGGCUGUUCAUCUAUAUCUGUGCCUUCAGUGGAAACAGACCGUCCCAGCAGGUGGAUAGACACUUUUCCCUCUUAGUUAUCAAACAGUAGCCACCCAGUAAAAGUAAUUGUCCAAUAUUUUAAUGGAUUUUUAUUUUUUCUCCUCUUUAACUCCAAAUAAUGGAUAUUUCUUAGACAUACAUAAUCUGUGAAUGCAGAAUGUUUUUAUAUAUUAUGAUACAUUGAACAGCUGGUGCUGGAAGUUUUGAGUUAGACAUGUUUAACAGAAAGUACUAUGUUUACAUUGAUGUUAUUAUUACGAAUAUAAGUUGGUUUUCAUACACAGGAAUGUAUACUGCUCACACUGUAUUUAAUCAUUGUGUACAGAAUAUAUGAUAUUUUGUUUGUUUUAAAAAUGGAGUACCAUAUAUUAACAUUUUUAUGUUGUAUUCUGAUUUUUUCUUUAAAAAAUCUUAAUUUUAUUGCCUUCUUUUUCUUCACCUGGAUAAUAUUUGCUUUUCUGCUCCUGAAAAUUUAGACCUAAAUCAAAUAUAUGUCUAAAUUGUUUUUAUGAGUUAAGAGGUGUGCUCAUUGUGAGUAUGGAUGUUUUGUUGGCUGGGUAGACCAGAUCUCAUCAGGCAGACAUAAAAGGAGAGGAAACUGUAUGGUAAAUGAAAGUGUAUAAAGGCAGCAGGCACUGCAAAAGGGAAAUAAUGUUUCCCUUAAGAAGGCUGGUGUCGCUUCAGUGCCAGACAUGUGGAAGGAAUUAAAUGAAGGUGUUACAUUGCUGAGUU